AGGGGUCUCUCCCACAGUCUCUCUUUCACAAAAUGGCGGACGAGAUCGUGGAGGGUUUACAUAAUGGUCKAUAAAAAACGUUUUUUUGACAAAGGAUUAUGCUUAUUCAAUGCUGUAUCCACCAAUCCUUCCGUUUGAGUGUCCGUCAGCCAAAAGCCGGUUUUCAUGUGUUGGGAAGACUUGUUAACGUAAGGGCUCUCUCGACGACAGGAAGCUAUGUCUGUAGUAAUGGACGUCUAGUACAAAAUAGAAUAUACCUCUCAUGUUUGAGCAAGAAAUGUGAAACUAUUUUUACAAAGCAUGUUACAAGAUCAGCUAGUACAGCAAUCAAUAAAUCUCUGACUAAGGGUGCUACGGUAACCAAGAAGGCAGUUGAAGAUGAUGUGGAGGAGGUCUGGAGACAACAGGAAGUUGARCUUAAAUUACUCCCAGGAUUCUACAUGAGACUUGCCAAAAUAAGGUUAACAGGUAUGGUAGUAUUAACUGCAAUGGCAGGGUAUGCAUUAGCCCCUGCGCCAAUGCAUAUGGAUGCAUUCUUGUGGAUGUCAGCAGGCACUCUUCUGUGUUCAUCAGCAGCCAAUGCAAUCAAUCAGUGGUUAGAAGUCCCUUUUGACUCUCAAAUGGCAAGAACUAAGAGCCGAGUACUAGUUAAGGGGUUGCUAAGUCCAUUCCAUGUUCUCUCGUUUGGUGUCAUAACAGGAAGCCUUGGUGUGCUAACUUUAUUAUCACAAGUUAAUGGUUUAACAGCUCUUCUAGGUGCAGCAAACCUUUUCCUAUACACCAGUGUCUAUACUCCWUUGAAACGAUUAAGCAUUGCUAACACAUGGGUAGGAUCAUUGGUAGGAGGGAUACCACCUCUAAUGGGCUGGGCAGCAUGUACAGGGACAUUAGAGCCAGGUGCUCUGGUAUUAGCUGGUAUAUUGUACUCAUGGCAGUUUCCWCAUUUUAACGCCCUUAGUUGGAACCUUAGACCAGAUUACUCUAGAGCUGGUUAUCGCAUGAUGUGUGUGACUGACCCCGCCCUAUGCCGUAGGGUGGCUCUGCGCCACAGUUUGUACCUCAUUGGCUUGUCUACCUUAUUACCCAUGUKUGACGUYACGUCAUGGUGGCUAGCAUUGGAUUCUCUACCUCUUAACGUUUAUCUUACAUGGUUGGCAUGGAGAUUUUACAAGAGAUCAGACAGUAAAUCGUCAAGAGAACUUUUCCGUUUUAGUUUAUUGCAUUURCCACUUUUGAUGCUGUUAAUUAUGAUUCACAAGAAACCAAAGAAAGGAGAGAAUGUGGAAAUGCUGGAUGUUGCUAUUGAAACUUGAAUCAAAUUGGACUCCCUGUGUUAUGUCACCACAGGAAGCCCAUUAGAUGUUUUAAUGUUUUACCAAAGAAGAAGGAAAUUAUAUUGUCAUGGGAACUGGAUUGUAUUGAUUGGUUAAAUACUGGUGGUGUUGAUAUUGGGCUUGCUGUUCUGUUUAACCAAAGGGAAUCAAUAACAAGAAACCUUGCGAAGGACCAAUUCUUCCACAGCACCAUUCUUGACUUAGCCCUUCUUGAAUCUUUAACUCAUUAAAGGGAGAGACCUGGGAACAAGCCUUAUAACGGCUGCAAGAGGAAACUAUUCUUGAUUUGUGUGAUGGUAUAAUCAAUAGUUUGGGCCUCCUGUGUAUUUUAACCACAGGAACCCCAACAUUUCUUAUUUUAAAGGUGAACUAUGUAAAUGAAUAGAUGUUUUUAUAAAGAAAAUACUAUUAUCUAGUGCACAGUUGUUUCCCACCCCUCCCUUAGGAUUUCUUUUACAAGAUUCUCCAUUUUAUAACUUCAGAUAGAGGGUGGAAAAUAUCUGUGCAUAGCCUGUUUGUAAAUUGUAUGAAUAAAAUCAUUAAGCCAUG